AUGUCGCUCACAAACUCGCGCUACUACCCCGAGAAGUAUCCAGAAGUGGAUAGCUAUGUUAUGGUCAACGUAAAGCAGAUCGCCGAGAUGGGUGCCUAUGUCAAGCUCCUUGAGUACGACAACAUCGAUGGAAUGAUUCUUCUCAGCGAGCUUUCUCGAAGACGUAUCAGGUCCAUUCAGAAGCUUAUCCGUGUUGGCCGGAACGAAGUCGUUGUUGUCUUGCGUGUUGACAAAGAGAAGGGUUACAUCGAUCUCUCCAAGCGUCGUGUCUCCGCGGAGGAUGUCGUCAAGUGCGAAGAGCGAUUCAACAAGUCAAAGAUGGUUCACUCCAUCCUGCGACAUGUCGCCGAAAAAACCAAAGAGCCUAUCGAACAGCUCUACGAAAGCAUCGGCUGGCCAUUGAUGAAAAAAUACGGACAUGCCGUUGAUGCCUUCAAGUUCUCCAUUACCAACCCUGAUGUCUGGGAAGGCAUUGAAUUCCCAUCUGACGCUGUCCGCGCUGAGCUUACUACCUACAUUUCAAAGCGUCUUACACCUCAGCCAACUAAGGUCCGUGCCGAUGUCGAGGUUACAUGCUUUGGAUAUGAGGGAAUCGACGCCGUCAAGGAGGCCCUCCGAAAAGCGGAGGCCAAGAACACACCCGAGACUCCAGUAAAAGUCAAAUUGGUCUCUCCCCCGCUAUACGUCUUGACUUCGCAGUGCUUGGACAAGAACACUGGAAUCCAGGUCCUCGAGGAGGCUAUUGUCGAAAUCGAGAAGAGCAUCACCGCAGCCGGUGGAAGUUGCGUCGUACGAAUGGCACCGAAGGCGGUCACCGAGAACGAUGACGCUGAGUUGCAGGCUCUGAUGGACAAGAAGGAGAGGGAGAACCAGGAAGUCAGUGGUGAUGAGGACGAGAGCGUUAGUGAUGAAGACGUUUAA